AAAUUCAGUAAUUUUUGAUAGCUGACAGAUUGUUAAAAUUAUUUAAAAUCGAUUGGAAUUUAAAAAACACCUGAAAUUGCUAUUUUUAAAAAGUUUUUCACUAAUCACCAGAUUAUUCAUAAGAUCACCAGACCUGGCAACACGGAUACUAGUACAAAGAUGUCGCUUUUGUGAUCAGCUGUUCACCUCAGUAGACGUCAAAACGUAAUGGAUAGUCGUGAAAAAUACAUUAGAUAGAGCCUAGCAGAGCAUAUUUCAACAGUUUGAUUUCGUGGUAGUGUUACCUUUACUCGGGCCGAAUUUUAUUCGUUAAAAUAAACUAGAGUGGAUUACAUUCUGUGGGGUUAUGCCAAAACAAAUGAAGUGAAGUAUAUAGUUGUGGUGUAAAGUACUAGUGUGCCUACUCGGAGUCUGCCAAAGGAUUCAGCUCAGGAUCAGACUAUAUUUGAUUCAACUUGAAAAGUUAGAUUCAAGUAAGUAAAUUUCGCAUUCUUCACAGAAACAUAGCUUACCUGUAUUAUAUGAAACGCAGAGGUUCUCAAAUGUUUUUCGUCUACUGCCGACUUAUUGUCUAGCGCCCCCCGAAAUUGUUAAAGAAGAUGUCAGGGUCAGAGGUGGAGAGUUGUGUCGUCUACAUCAGAGAGUGAAUGUCCUUGUGACUAUUGAAGAGCGAGGAAAAAAGAUAAGAAGAUGUCUAAUACCUUGUCAUCACGUUUGAAAAAUCCGAAGAGGUAUGAACUAAUGAAAUCACACAGUCAGGCUCAAGUUCUAGCUAAUAAACUGCGUCAAGAUGGAGUUUUGUCUACAGUUGAAAACGUUAUGCAAGCUGUAGAGCAAGUUGCCGCACUUUUAGCUUCAAACGUUGGCGAUAACAAGCUGGCUUACAAAGACAGUGUCAUAAAUCUAUGCCAACAUCUAAAGGUAUAUGGUAUGUAUUUGGAGAUCCUCUUCAAAGAACAGUUAGAUCACGCCUUCAAGAUAUUCAGAGACAAGGCGCAAGAUGACGUGCAAGUGGAAAUACUGUCACGGUUGCAUUUGCUGGAACUUAUUGAAUUGAGAGCCAAAGGUUGGAAGGAUACUGAAGGAAUGAAUGUUUAUUAUAAGAAGAAGUCAAAUCAGUGUGGGGCAUCACAGGCAGAUAUAUUAGACUCGAUAACCAGCAUGACUGGUUCAGUCAGUUCCAUGAUAUCACCAUCGCCUCCACUGUUAGCUGCUGGUGAAGUGAUCACAUCAUCUGGAAAAUUUGCAAAACCGACCCGCAUACCCGGAAAGAAAUACUGCAAAGAUGAGGUGGUAAUAAGAAAUGCUGAUUCAGGAAAAGUAAAUCCUGGAGCUAAGGAGCGGUUGGUUCAGAUUACUGGCGCUAACGAAGAGAGCAUAACUCAUGCAAAACAGUUGAUUGAAGACACGAUUCGACGGAACGCCUCGCCUGUUCGAGAGCAAUCUGCAUCCAUGCCUUCAGGUCUGAGAGGAUCGAGUUCUAGCUUAGCCUCGUCCACGUCUGAGGAGGCAGCAGCCGCUGGAAGAGCCAUCUCUCCACCAGCACCCGGCAUACGUCAUCUUGUACACAGUCUCAGUACCAACGAUGCAGCUAUUGGAGAGUACAAGUAUACCGUUAUCGCAAACGGUUGCACAAUUAAGAUUACCGGAGAUAACUUGGAUCUUGUUAGAACAAGCAAAUUAGUGUUGGAUGAAUACUUUAGUGGUGAGCCAAUUCACGACGCAUCUCAGUUCUACAUCUUUGAUAGUCUACCACAGCCGAUUCUUCCUGAGGAUUUUUCGAGUACAAAUGCUCCCAUGCCGCCUCCGGAAUCGUCGCUAUUUUCGCAAGAAUCCUAUAGUGGCGGCGAGGAUGAGAACGAUAACGUGGAACCGCGAAAGCCUCGUCUUUCAGCUGAAGAUUUGUUGAAAAACAAAUCAGUCGUUGGUGAGCCUACCUCAAAUCCACCAGAUUGUCUGAACAGUGAGACCACUGUUUGUACAGAAGGCUCGAAAAAGGACUACUUCUACUCUAUAGAGUUUUUGGCUCAUCUUGCUAUGUCUCCUUUGUGUCUUAUGCAGCCUGAUGAUUGGAAACGGAUCUCGAAUGACCAUCCAACACUUGUACGAAGUGUUGUUGAAAAAUUCGAUGCUAAGAAUUAUUUGUACUCCCGUACUGUGGAAUCCAACGGAGUGAUUAGCGCUGAUGAUAUUGACCCCUCAGAUGUUUGACUUACCGAAGGCGAGAGCUGGAUCUCAAACUCCAAAAAAAUAGGAUUAUACGUUUGUAACGUAGCAUAUUUAUAAUAAAUGGAAAGUUGCUCCGCAACAAAAAAUGGCUGUUGUCUAUGUUGUUCUGCGACAGCUCCAUUGAAUCUUUAUAACUCAUCUUUUUCGCUUGAUCUGGCCGAACAUCUGGAAUCAUCAUUGUAAACGUUCACGGAUGUCUUGCAGGCAGCCGUCUGUAAAAUUUGUUAUGGCAUAAGUACUUGCACUUUGUUAGGCUGCAGAAUCUCGAGGUAUCUGGGAGACUGCAGUACUUAGACAAGUGUAUACUCCAGAUUAGAUCAUAAUUUUGUCUAGUUACAGAUAUUUUUGUGCCUUUGUGGUGUAGAUUGUAUUAGACAUGCAUAGUCAAUCUAAUAUUUAUAUAAUGAUUUUUUUAUACUUAUUAUAAAUUUGACUUAAUGCUCACUGAAAAUAGUAGAUUUUGACUUUAUUAACAAACAAGACUCUUAACAAAACUAUUAUUUUUUUGCUUCAAGGUGGCACGUCCCUUUUUUUGGAUCUCUUUUUAACUUCCUCUUUGCAGCAGUAUUCUAAAUCCUUUUCAUCUGAUAAUUUCAUGGUGUGUAUAGAGAUGGCUAAAAAACAAUGUUUUCAUUUUUAGUUUUGUAAAAAAUGCAUUUUUGUGCAUUCUUUCUUCAAUCGGAAAUGGUUAAUAAAUAUAAGUACACCUCUGAAAUUCUUUGUGAUUAUUCUUCUUUUAGGGAAGAAUGAUUCGAGAGAUUACUUUUGUUCUUAUCACUCUUCGUUUUCGAAAAAUAUUUGAUUUCCUUGAAACCUCGUCUCGCAGCAAGUUGAGUUUUCAAGAAAAGCAAAGAUUUUUCGAAAAGGAAAAGUGAUAAGAACAAAAGUAAUCACUCGUUUCAUUCUUCCAUAAAAAAGAAAUAUAGUAACACAACUUCCGAUUGAAUAAGAAAUACACAAAAAAUGCAUUUUUGACGAAAAAAAUGAAAACAUUGUUUUUUAGUCAUCUCUAUACACACCGCGAAAUUAUCCGAUACAAAGGAUUUAGAAUACUGCUGCAAACAGUAAGUUGAAAAAAAAAUCUAAAAAAGGGACGUGCCACUUUAACACCAUUCUAGCUGACAUUCGAUGCACAAAAAUCAAAUUCUAGUUAACAGUUGAUGAAGAAACCUAAGCUGUAGAGUGAUCGAUUCAAACAAGUAAUAUUUGCAGAGGAUAUAAUAGAAAAUGUAAAAUCAUUGCCAUGGUGGAAGCACAUAUGAUCAGCAUGGAUGAGCAUGGUCAAUAACGCAUACCUACCAGUUGCUCACAGCUGUGGCUUCCUCUGCAUCUGUAGAAAUGAUUUUUUUCUGCAUGUGGUCUGGUCCAGUCAAAACUUUGGAAUAGGCUUGGAAAUGUGAAGGCAGCGAAAUUGGUGUUCCUUUCUUCUUCAUUAAAAUUUUGUUAUAAUUACAUUAAUGAAAACUGUGCAUUUGAAUAAGUAUUUUUCAUUUAUGUAACUGAUUAUUUCUGCUCUAAUACAUGUACUUUAAUGAAAAAAAUCCAGUUUGUACCUAAA